AAAAUAGAAGCAUAGGUCAACUUGGUAAUACGAUAAAAACUCUUUGCAAGAGCCUCAUUGUUGCUGGUGGAUUGAGGAAGACGUCCAGGUUAACACUGUCCUAAAUAAGACUGUGUUGGCUAACAUGAAGAAAUCUAAGCAUGGACUAUUUGAUGCUGAUAAAACAGGCAAGAACGCUACAUGGGACAAAGAUGCAGGCACUCAGAUCAGAGAUGACAAGGAAAAGGAAAAAACACUAAGCAUUGGAUACUUUCAGUUGUUUCGAUUUGCCACCUGGAGAGACACACUGAUGAUGGUGGUGGGCAGCCUGUGUGCCCUGAUCCAUGGCUCGGCUUCACCUCUCAUGCUCCUGGUGUACGGCAUGAUGACCAACACUUUUGUGGCUUAUGAGCUGGAGGUUCAAGAGCUCAAAGACCCAAACAAGGAGUGUUUAAAUAACACCAUUCAUUGGACCAAUGGCUCCAUAUAUGAAACAACUGAUAAUACCACGGUUUCUUGUGGGGUGGAUAUCGAAGCGCAGAUGACCAUGUUUGCAUAUUAUUACAUUGGCAUCGGGUUAGGUGUUCUGAUUGUUAGUUAUUUUCAGAUUGUCUUCUGGGUGUCAGCAGCUGCAAGACAAACUCAGAAAAUCAGAAAAAUGUAUUUCAGGAAAGUUAUGCAAAUGGAAAUUGGAUGGUUUGACUGCAACUCUGUUGGGGAACUGAACACAAGGAUUUCUGAUGAUAUCAACAAGAUCAACAAUGCUAUUGCUGAUCAGGUGUCCAUUUUCAUAGAAAGGAUCUCAACGUUUGUGUUUGGCUUCAUGGUUGGAUUCAUUGGCGGGUGGAAGCUGACUGUGGUUGUCAUAGCAGUCAGCCCUCUGAUUGGCAUAGCUGCUGGAUUAAUGGCCAUGGCUGUGGCCAGACUAACCGGAAGAGAGCUGACAGCCUACGCAAAGGCAGGAGCAGUGGCAGAUGAGGUCCUAUCAUCCAUCAGGACAGUUGCAGCUUUUGGAGGGGAGGAAAGGGAAGCUGAAAGGUAUGACAGAAACCUCAUUGAAGCUCAGAACUGGGGUGUAAAAAAAGGCUCAAUUAUAGGAGUGUUUCAAGGAUACUUGUGGUGCAUCAUCUUUCUAUGUUAUGCCUUGGCCUUUUGGUACGGAUCUAAACUUGUCAUUGACACCAAGGAACUGACUCCAGGGAGCCUAAUUCAGGUUUUCUUUGGAGUGCUGAUGGCAGCUAUGAACCUUGGACAGGCCUCACCAUGUCUGGAGGCUUUUGCUUCUGGUCGGGCAGCAGCAAAAACAAUUUUUGAAACAAUUGAUCGGGAACCAGAAAUUAAUUGUUUCUCAGAUGUUGGUCAUAAAUUAGACAAAGUCAAGGGAGACCUGGAGUUCCACAACAUCACCUUCUUUUACCCAUCUCGACCUGACGUUAAGAUUUUAGAUAACCUGAAUAUGCAGAUCAAAGCAGGAGAAACAACUGCUUUUGUUGGACCAAGUGGAUCUGGAAAAAGCACCACAAUUCAACUCAUUCAAAGAUUUUAUGAUCCAGAGGAAGGAACGGUGUCUUUGGAUGGCCAUGAUAUUCGCACAUUGAACAUUCAGUGGCUUCGUUCUCUCAUUGGUAUUGUGGAGCAGGAACCAGUGCUGUUUGCCACAACUAUUGCUGAAAAUAUACGGUAUGGCCGACCUGGAGUAACCACGGAAGAAAUCAUCCAAGCAGCAAAAGAGGCCAAUGCUUAUAACUUUAUCAUGGCUCUCCCACAGAGGUUUGACACUCUAGUGGGUGAAGGUGGAGGCCAGAUGAGUGGAGGACAGAAGCAGAGGAUUGCAAUAGCUCGAGCUCUCAUCAGAAACCCUAAGAUCCUGCUGCUGGACAUGGCCACAUCAGCCCUAGAUAAUGAGAGUGAAGCUGUAGUACAAGAAGCUCUGGAUAAUGUACGUGCAGGAAGGACAACCAUCUCCAUAGCCCACCGUCUCUCCACAAUCAGAAAUGCAGAUGUGAUUGUCGGAUUUGAACAUGGACGUGCUGUGGAGAGAGGAACGCACAGCGAGUUACUAGAAAAGCAAGGUGUCUACUUCACUCUUGUGACCCUGCAGAACCAAGGUUCAUCCAACACACCAAAUGAAGUCAUCACUGAGCCACAAGAGGAUGAUUUGGAUCUAAAAGUGGAGUGUUUUAGACAUGCAAGUUGUAAAUCUACCAAAAGGAGCUCUGUACGUCUGCGAUCUCGAAGCUAAUUGUCAAUUGACUUUGUCCCAGAUGCAUUGUCCGGAAGUUUCAUGAUCCCUUCGGAUCUCCAGAUAACACCUGAAGAUGUGAGAGAGGAAGGCCCUGAAAAGAAUGAAGAGUCAGCUCCAGUUGCACGCAUCCUGAAGUACAACCGACCUGAGUGGCCAUACAUGCUGUUGGGAUCACUGGGAGCUGCAGUCAACGGCUCGGUCAAUCCCAUCUAUGCAGUCCUGUUCAGCCAGAUUCUUGGGACUUUUGCCGUUCAGGAUUUAAAUCAGCAGCAGGAAGAGAUCAACGGGAUCUGCAUUCUGUUUUGCAUUGUGGCUGUGAUCAGUUUCUUUUCACAGUUUCUCCAGGGUUAUGCUUUUGCUAAGUCUGGAGAGCUGCUGACCCGCCGUCUGAGAAAAGUGGGCUUCCAGGCCAUGCUCAGACAGGAAAUUGGCUGGUUUGAUGAUCCCAGGAACAGUCCUGGGGCUUUGACAACCAGACUGGCCACAGAUGCAUCCAUGGUGCAAGGGGCAACAGGUUCCCAGAUUGGCAUAAUUGUGAACUCACUGACCAACAUUGGAGCCUCGUUCAUCAUUGCCUUCUACUUCAGUUGGAAGUUAACAUUAGUUAUCAUAUGCUUCCUGCCUCUUAUUGGGCUGUCUGGUGCGUUCCAAGCCAAAAUGCUGACAGGAUUUGCAAACGAAGAUAAAAAAUCUAUGGAAGCAGCAGGUCAGGUAUCCAGUGAGGCUCUUGGCAACAUCAGAACCAUUGCAGGUUUAGGCAAAGAGCGCUCAUUUGUGGAAUCGUAUGAGCAAAAACUGGAGCUGCCUUUUAAAUCUGCCAAGAAGAGAGCCAACAUCUAUGGCCUAUGUUUCGGUUUUGCACAGUGUGUAAUCUUCAUGGCAUAUGCUGCUUCUUUUAGAUAUGGAGGUUACCUGGUCAGAGUUGAAGGGUUACCCUACAUGCUGGUGUUUAGAGUGAUUUCAGCCAUUGUGAUCAGCGGAACGGCACUGGGCAGAGCUUCCUCCUUCACUCCAGAUUACGCCAAAGCCAAAAUUGCUGCUGCUCAAUUCUUUCAACUGUUGGACAGAGUUCCUAAAAUCAGCAUCAACCAGACAGAUGGACAGAAAUGGGAGAUAUUCAAAGGAGAAAUUGAGUUUCAUAAUUGCAAGUUUACAUAUCCGACAAGACCAGACAUUCAAGUGCUGAGUGGCCUGGUUGUUUCGGUGAAGCCGGGACAGACUUUGGCUUUUGUUGGGAGCAGUGGCUGUGGUAAAAGCACCAGCGUCCAGUUACUGGAAAGGUUUUACGACCCAGAUGAGGGACAAGUGUUAAUUGAUGGUCAUCCAUCCCAUACCAUCAAUGUUCCCUUCCUGAGGUCUCAGAUUGGCAUAGUGUCACAGGAACCAGUUUUAUUUGACUGCAGCAUAGCAGAGAACAUCCGAUAUGGUGACAACACUCGCACUGUUGCCAUGGAGGAGGUUGUGGAGGCUGCCAAGAAGGCCCAUCUUCAUAACUUUGUGAUGGGUCUACCACAUAAAUAUGAGACUCAGGUUGGUGCCCAGGGCUCUCAGCUAUCAAGGGGACAGAAGCAACGCAUUGCUAUUGCUAGAGCGAUUAUCCGAAACCCCAAGAUCCUGUUGCUAGAUGAGGCGACUUCUGCUCUGGACACAGAGAGUGAACAGACUGUUCAGUCUGCAUUGGAUGAAGCAAGAAAAGGACGGACCUGCAUUGUCAUUGCUCACCGGCUCUCCACCAUCCAGAAUGCAGACAUUAUAGCAGUAAUGUCCCAAGGAGUAGUCAUCGAACAAGGCACACAUGAUAAACUCAUGGCUAAGAAGGGAGCAUAUUACAAACUGGUCACAACAGGAGCUCCGAUCAGCUAAUCACUUGGAGCAACAAACAGUAUUGAGAAUCUUUGAUAAACUAAAUCAGUAUAUCACUAUGAAUUCAAUGAUGCUGUGGUGAGUGCAUGUUUUAAAUUAGAAGGUAAUUUCUAAACUAGAGAAAACAAAACAUUAGAUUUUGAACUUUGAAAAUCUCCAAACCACAUAAUAUUACAAAAUUUGAAGAUGUGCCUUUUUAAAAUAUUUUUUCCUUCUCUUUUCUUUUUUAUUAUUUUAAUUCCUACAUGCCUUUCAGUACAUAUUGACCAAAUCAUCUUUUGGUUGUAGUGCCUAUACAUCAAUAUUUACAUUAUUAUCAUCAGUACUAUUUUAACUUUCAUCAUAGUUAAGCUGUGACCACAGCUAGCCUCAUCUUUGUGACUGUUUUUGGGACCCAUGCCAGCCUGGAUUCUCUUAGACAACUUUAAUUAGCACAGAGUUACAAAUCACAUCAAAUCAUUGCUAUGAAGCUCAAAAUUGAGUUGUUUCUACUGAUCAUUCUUGAGAUGUUUCUACAACUGAAAUGGAGUUCACCUCUGGUAAAUUAGACUUGAUUUGAAAAGGGACACAUCUGUUUAUAUAAGGUCCCACAGUUGACAGUACAUGUCACAAGCAUAAAAUCACAGGAGUUGUCUGUUGUCCUCCAAGACGUUAUUGUCUUGAGGCUCAACUAUCUGCUGUUUUGAAGGUUUGAAUGAUCAGUGGCCUCUACUUAAUUUGUCCAGAACACUGACACAAAUAUGAUAUACCACCUGCCAUAAACAUGAAGGAGUCUGCAUUAAUGUGUAUAGCUGUUGUCAUGAAGUGUCAGUUGCUAAAUAAUGACACUUUUAAUGCAAAGUUAACAUUUAAUGAACUUUUGAUGCAAGUUUUAAAUCAAACUUGCUUUCAAAGUGUUGUUAUUUACCAAAUGACACUUCUUGACAACAGUCAUAAACAUUCAUAAAGAUUCCAGGAGUUAUGUCAUGUUUAUGACACUGCCUUUGAAGUUUUAUUCACACCCCUUCAAAUAAAGUGUUAGCAAAGCCGUUCCUUAACAAGAGCUUCAUGGCGUCUUGUCAGGAGUUUGCCCAAAAAAAAUAAUGUGAAAGACUUUCUGACCAUGAGUAACAAAAUUCUCUGGUCUCAUGACCCAAAAGUUGAACUCUUUGCGGUGAAAGUUAGGCUCACCUUUUCACCAGGCCAAUAUCAUACCUACAGUAAAGCAUAAUGGUGACAGCAUCAUGCUAUGGGGAUGUUUUGCUGCAGCAGAAACUGGCAAACUAGUCAGGGUAGAGAGUAGAUGAAUGCAGAAAUGUACACUACAAUGACAUCCUGGGCCCAGAAACCUGAAGUUUUUUUAAGCUUUAGCAAAGAGCCUUCUCUCUCAAAGUAGUUACAUCAUUCAGCAGUGGGCCUCAGGUGCAGCCGAUGCUAAGCAACCAGAGACUGUGAGAAAAGACGAAAUGGGUCUCUACGCAGGAAUUUAAUUAUCCAUUUAAUCUGGUUACAUCAGAGACUCUGUUCUGCAUCAUCACUUUUAAAUUGAUUAAUAUCUGAAUUUUCCCGGAGAAACUGCUAAGAGACACACAAGAGAUUAUGAAAUGCACCCUGAGCAGGAUGCACACAUUGACAACGCAAACAGAGAGAAUUAUGUGUGUGAUUCUGUUAAUUUAACAGUCAAGGACUUAAAGAUGCAUGAAUGUUUGUUCAUAUGUUCCAAAGAGAAACUUUAUAGUGUAUUCAUGUUUUAAUAUUGUAUUUGAAUUUUUAUAACCCACAUAACAAAAUAUUAUGCUAGUUAUCUCCAAUCUGCAUCUUUUGUAAGAAGUGUUCACAAGAAAUUUUGAUUGAUGCAGAGAAGGUUUUUCUUUUCAAAGUUAGAAAGUUGUUUUUCAACAAUUAACCAAUUAUUUAUUUGAUUCAUUUUGUGAGUUAAACACAGAUAUUUAUAAAUUGACAAACUCCUUCUAAAGUGAUUAAAUCAUCAUGGUGUAGGGUUGUACAUAAAUCAUUUUAAUUAUUGUAAGUUAGAUUAGCCUUCCUUUCAAAAUACUGUAGAUAUAAUACCAAGAACAUAAACUUGAGAAAUAUUCUCAUUAUGACUGGGAUCAAAUGAUACAAAUGUAUUAUUUAAACUAAAAAAAAUAUAUUUUUUUCCCCACAUGAAUUGCAGUUUAGUGCUUCUGUGUGUGCAAUAACAGUCAAUCUUCAUUUUCUACAAAUUAUAACAAAAUGUAUUGAAAAC